AAAACCACAGGGAAAGGUGCUGCACGGAAGAGGAUGCAGGACGCUGGGCUGUACAGCCGUCAUCCCUCUGGGGAUCCUCUGUUGAAGCCUUACGCCCAUUACCUUAAGUCUACGCUGGGCCUGCGCAAUCAUGGGCAGGAUGUGGACACGGUUGCCCGGUUCCUAUACUUCAUGAAUCCACAAUGUGCCUGCCUGGACUUUGUCAAUGACAUUGAGAAGGUACAAUCUUACUUUGACAAGCUCUUAGAAGUCAAUCUCUCUCACCAGACUCGCUUAAAUUGCAUCCAGCGUAUUCGACGGUUCGUAAAGUACAAUAUGCGCUCCACCAACCUUUCCAUCAGGCAGCCUGAGCUGUACAAAAAGUGCAAGUUCUUCCUCAUCGCCACGGAGGACAUCCAAAAGAUCCUGUCCAAGCGUCUCUCAAGAGACCGGGUUGACAAGAGGUACGCAGCCUUGAGCCAAAAAUCACCCAGCCCGUCCGAAUGCCGAGCAGUCCUCAGGGACGCCAAGAGCAUGUUUUUGAAGUGCAUAGCCCAAGCCCGGGCCAACUGUGCAACCUCCUAUCAGCAAACUGAAAUUAUCCUCUACCUAGAGUGCCUUCUUGUGUUAAAGCAUCUUCAGCGACCGGGGGUGGGAGAGUGGGAUGAGAGGAUUCACCAUGAGUACGAAGGUCAAAAACUAUGUGUGAUCGGUGUAAGAACUCAUAAGACCUCUACUCAGCAAGUUGCUGCUUUCGCACUUGAUAAUGAUGAAGAGUCGUGGUUUCAGGCCUACUAUGAAACAGUCCGGCCAUUGCUAACCAGAAGCGACGAAUACGAUCCCAUGGCUAAAUUCUUCCUUUCAUCAGUGGGAACUGAGCGACAUACUGUUUCAAGAGACAUCAAGAGCUACCAAACAAAAUAUAACCUCCCCGAUAUCUCCAGUCAGGUGGUCAGGAAGGUUUGUGAAACAUGGACGCUUGCAAGAUACACUGAUCCUGAAAAGUCUCUCUUUGCAAAGUACUUGGCACACACAAACUCCAUGGCGGAAAGGCACUACCGAGAGAAAGUGCUGGAUGACAUAUGUCAUGGUUACAAGCUGGUGAAAAGAUCUUGUGGUAGUGAUGCGGGCCAGACCACAGCUGCCGCUGGCCCCCCAGGAUAAAAUAAACAUGGUGGAGAGGGAGAUGGGAUGUCUGCCCAACA